GCAGAGUUUGGUCUUUAACUUAGUCGAGGACAACUUAUUCCUAGCAGAGUUUGGGUCGAAGGCGGACCAGGAACGGGUGCUUGACGGUGCACCCUGGGUGGUGGGGAAGCACGCUGUUUUGUUGCAGUUGUAUAAUGCCGACCUGAAGCCACUGGACAUCAAGUUCGAUAGGAUGGCACUCUGGGCCAGGAUAUACGCUCUUCCUCCUCGUAUGAUGCUUGCCAAACGGGGGGAAGAGAUUGCAAAACCAAUUGGCCAUGUAAUGCAAGUUGAUGCUGAUAACAAGGGCCGCUGUUGGGGAGGGUUCAUGCGCCUCCGGGGGGAGGUCGACAUCAAUGAACCUCUCGUCCGUUUUGUUACCGUCACCUUAUCUAGGGAUGAGGUCAGGGCCGGUUUUGAGGGGGGCAAGAGGGGCUACCGCCCUAGGCCCGAAAAAAAUAGAAGAAAAAGCCCAAAAUAGCUUAAGGGGGGCCAAAAAUUGACCGGCCCUGGAUGAGGUAUGAGGUCAAAUUUGAGCGGUUGCCUUUCUAUUGCUUCUCCUGUGGUCACUUGGGUCACUCGCAUUUGGCCUGUGUGUUACCAGGGGAAAGAGAAAAAGAUGGGAGUUUGCCUUAUGCAGCAAAACGCCUUUGUGUGGCAGAGGAAGGAAAGAGAGUUAGUGGCACUAAAUCGGGCAAUGCGUCCGGUUCGAAUGUGCUGAAUACUGUGCUCAUGAUUCCUCGGGUGGGUCCUCUCGUUCAACAUUCACUGGGGAAAGAGGAAAGAAUCCUGGCAAGUCUAACCAGGAGGCAGACGAGGUGACUUCGCCUAUGAAGAAUGACCGGGCUGGUGGUCGGGGUCAUGGCCGGCAGGGCCGUGGGCGCGGCAGGGCCCGGUGGGUGGAGACUGGCAGAGAGUUGUUCCCAACUCAGAAAACAGAUAGCUUAACGGCGGGACAGAGACGCAAGUCGGCCAAAGAGUACAAACCCAAAGGAGGCCCUGAGUUGGGAUUAGUCUCCAUCCCUGUUGCCCAGUCUUUGGUCCUCUCCACAAAGGCUGGGACAUCUGGUACUAAUGUGCUUCACUUAGGGGAUAUCUCUCAUGAGGUGCACAGUAGGGAUCAAAACAAGAAACCAAGGACUCAAGUUUGAUCGGCGGAUCCGGCGGAGGCUGCAGGGCAGCCCCGCCAGACCCAAUGAGUCUCUUAUGCUGGAACUUUCGCGGCUUGGGGUCGGACGCGACAGUUGGUGAACUUCGUUGGUUAGUGAAGAAUUUUCGACCUGCCAUUCUCUUUUUGUCUGAAACAAAGAUGCGGGAUAACAGGGCAAAGAAUUUUAUGUGGUCUUUGGGCUACCAAUGUUCAUUUGCAGUUAACUGUCAAGGACUUAGUGGAGGGUUGGCUCUGUUUUGGUUGCAGGAAUAUACCGUUUCAAUACCCACUGUAUUGAUGUUAUGGUUUCUUUGGAGAACACUGUGUCGUGGCGUGCAACCUUUGUGUACGGGGAACCAAGAUGUGAAUUACGUCAUGAGUUUUGGGACUUGCUUCAGAGGCUUCACCGUCAGAGGGAUGGUCCUUGGAUUUGCUGUGGUGAUUUUAAUGAGGCACUGACACAUGAUGAACAUUUUGGGACCAGGGAUCGAUCCCAUGCUCAAAUGGAGCUCUUUAGGAGCUGUCUGGAGGACUGCGGUUUGCGGGACCUGGGUUAUGCAGGUCCAAAAUUGACCUGGACAAAGCGACGGGAGGAUCACUGUAAUGUCAAAGUGCGACUUGAUAGGGCUGUGGCUAAUGGGGCUUUUACUGCUUUGUUUGAAUAUUACCAGGUGGAAAAUGUGAUCACAACAUCCUCUCACCACUUUGUCAUAUCGAUCUCCCUUAACUCUCAUAGCUCUCCACACAAUCCUCCGGUGCAAAUGUGGCGCAGGACAGCUGAUUAUAACGGUGUGGUGGAGGCUUCUUGGUUAGCCAAUAACGACGUGGUGAGAUCUUUACAAGCUACUUGGUCGAAUCUGAAUCGUAUGGCGGGAUCUCUCCGUGAUUGGAGUAGAAUGAAGUUUGGUUCAAUUCGAAAACAAAUGCAGAACUUGGAGAGGAAGCUCCAUAUUAUGCGUCUCGCCCCUGUGAGUGUUUCUGACCUUACGGAGGAGCGUAAACUGGAAAAAACAACUUUGUGAACUCUUCGAGCGGGAAGAGAUUAUGUCAAAACAGAGAUCCAGGGUGGAGUGGCUCAAAGAAGGUGAUCGUAAUACUGCCUUUUUCCAUGCACGAGCAUCAGCCAGGAAACGCACGAACCUUAUUAAGAUGCUUGUGAGGGAUGAUGGCACUAGAUGUAUGGAUGAGAAGGGGAAGGUGCUGAUGGCUCAUCUUUUUUAUGAGCACCUCUUCACCUCUCAAGUGUGUGACUCAGUUGAGGUGGUUCUUGACUCCAUAUCGGUGAAAGUGGACGACACCAUGAAUGCAAUGUUGUGCAAACCUUAUUCAAAUGAUGAAAUUCGGGGAGCUCUGUUCCAAAUGGGGCCCACCAAGACCCCGGGGCCUGACGGAUUUCCAGCAUGAUUCUACCAAACCCACUGGGAGCUGGUACAUGAAGAUGUUUGUAAUGCUGUUAGAGGUUUUCUGAGUGGUGAUACCAUCUCAGAAUGUUUUUGUGACUCUAUCAUUGUGCUUAUUUCAAAGGUGGCUAAGGCCCAACAUGUGACACUGUCCCCAAGCAUUUUUACUUUUAGUAAAUUAUGUAAUAAACCUUGAAGGAUGAGUUAUGAAUUUACGUAAUUGUUAAAUUU